GGUAUUCAGCAAUCCAUCAGCCGGUUUUCACAUGGACUUUGGUUGACCUCCAUCCGCACUCUGAGCUCCUUUAUUCUCAUCAGUCAUGCAAUCGUCCAGUUCUCUGUGAAUCGUCCAACGAACAACAGAAUCUUUCCAGGUACUUUGCAACCCCGAGCCAGCAAGCUGAGAAGAGAUGGAUUCCCCUAAGCACAUCCGCUGCAAGUCAGAGCGCCCCUUCGUGUUCCGGCUGGACCUGGACUGCGAUGACAUCCAGAACACCAUGUCGAUGCGCCACUUCCACUCCAUCCUGGAGUGCAUGCGGAAGCUGUCCGUCGACGAUGAGUGCCGCUCCAUCGUGAUCUCGAGCUUGGGCAAGGAUUUCUGCACGGGCGUGAAUAUAGACAACCUGGAGAGAUUCAACAGCGAGCAGGCGCGCAUCGAGGACAUCGCGCGCCGCGGAAGAUCUGUGGACGAGCGAGUAUCGAUCAUCCAGCGCGCCUUCUCGGCCAUCGAGAACUGCCCCAAGCCCGUGAUUGCGGCCAUUAACGGGGCGUGCGCGGGUCCCGGCAUGGGGCUGAUCUCAGCGUGCGACAUUCGCUACUGCGACGCCGAUUCCUGGUUCCAAGUCAAGGAACUCGAGCUGGGCAUUGCCGCGGAUUCGGGCACACUGCAGCGCCUGCCGAAGAUUAUGGGCAAUGAUAGCUUCACCCGUGAGAUGUGCUACACCGCGCGUCGCGUGGACUCCGACGAGGCGCUCAAGUAUGGCCUGGUGAGCCGCGUGUUCGACACCAGAACGCAGACGCUCAACUACGCCAUGGACAUGGCUGAGCGCAUGGCACUCGUGAGUCCGGUGGGUCUGCAGAACUGCAAGAAGUCCAUCGUCUUCUCGCAGCACCACUCCACUCAGGAUGGCCUGGAUCAUAUCCGCGAAAUCAAUUGCCUGGCACGUCAGUGCGAGGACUUCCACAUCUCCAUGGGCCCGGCCAUCACGGGAGCCGAGAGGCCCAACUACGCCAAGUACUGAGCAGCUCCGCCCCAUUUCCAAGGCAUAUGCAAUUCAGGGUGAGUGGUUUUUGUGAAUAAAUUUUCUAUGGCAACAA